GGUCAACAACAGGCUAGGGACGUGACUCACUAAAUAGACAGAGAACCCAAAGGGACUCUGGCGGGAUGAAUUGAUGGCACUCGGUCACUGGUUGGGUCUAGCGGUAUCCCCAGCUGUGGCAGAGGGAGGGGUUAGCUCAAACGCCCCGAUACCUUAGUCGGCACCAAUGGCUCUCGCGGACGGCGGGCAAAACACCUCAUGCCCGGCCGCGUGUUCCGUGGGUAGGGAGCUCAGCUCUAAUCACGUCUGCACAUGAGGGUGAUAAAUCCACAAUCCACGUCGGGGAACUUCAAGGGGAGAGCUUUUCUUGACUGCCGUCAGUAGGGACGGGCGCUCCCGUGCCAGCCAAGCCGGUGCCCUCCCAAUCGGACUCAUUCCUUGCACUGAGAGCCUGACAAGGCAAGUCUUGUGAGUCAGGCUAAAGGUGGGUGACGUGAUUAGGGGCAGGGGAAUGUCGCUUCUUGAUAGGGCUGACGGAUCGAGCAAAGACAAGUCAGAUCCUUGCACGGCUGCUCUGACUGGUAGGUGGCCGAUGAGCUGUUACAGUUGUCGUGCCGGUCAAGCAGUAAGAUUACCGUGUAGGUCCAGAAGCCCUGAGCAUGACUGGGCUUUUAUCUGUCAGUUGACUGUCACCAUGUCCAGGGCCUCUAUGGGCUGGCAUGUUCUCGAUCCGGAAACCAUUCCGACUCGGCCAUCACAAGCCGAAGCCACUUCGUCCUUGCUUUCUGCCGCUAACGUGCUUCCCAACCGCGCUUGCGGCGGCUGGCCAAGAGAGCGAAUAGAAACGCUAGGGGUGGAAGACACUCGCGGCAUUUCUCAUCCAUCUGCAGCCGACAUGAGCUUUCGGGUCCCCGUCUGUUGGCCCGGUUUGCCUCGGGGACGGCCGCCUUUGCUGUCUCAUGAAAUGGCCAUGAAAAACCGUUGGAUCGGAACUAUGUGGUACGAAUCGGGCGAGCCUAAUGGGCUGCCAGGCAUACGCUCGCCAAGACGAGGCGGCGGGAUGUACCCGUCGAGGCUGAAUCCCUUGUUCGCGGAGGAAGUCGCGAUCUUGAUCAACGGAACGCCACACUCGAGAACAACCAUGACUGGAACACCCGGCUCGUCGGUUGAUGUACGGAACCAAGGUCCUGAUAAGCUCAACGAAUGGGUCGGGUACAGCAGGCGGGGGCCAGCUGUCAUGUUCCGUUUUCACGUCGUUUGGGGAGAUUUUGCCGAGGACGAGAAUUCCAAGGAUCGGGACAAUCGCUGCGAGAUGGGGCCUGCAUUCGUGUCAUGGCUCCUCUGGGAAACGGGAUGCUGGCAUGGUACCGUAUCCAUGCCCCCUGCCUGCUCAUGGCACGAUGGGGUAUCAUCCGGGGCAAUGCAGCUUCACCUCUCGUCUCGUGUCGCAGCUUCUCGGCUUUGCAAAGGCCGCCCCAGAUAACACUACGAUUCGCCGACUGAUAAGCCUGGGUGAAAUGGCGACCAAAGCCUCGCAAGCACGAAACCGUCUACAGGGCACGUUAUCUGUCGGGCCAAAGGCGCGUGCGCGUUGGUGAGCGAAGCAUUCCGAAACACGCCGGGUCACCGCUACUCUGAUACCAUAUGCAGGACCGACUAGGGGUCGGUCUCUUAUCGCGAUGAGUUAUUAGUUCAAGCUAUCGGUUUGCCCUGUUGUUGCGGUACCCGAACACCAACAGGGGACUGAGGCCGGCUCUGCAGAUAUGUCUGCCGCAGCCCUGUUGAUGUGAGACGGCUCCUUAUCUGGUCCGAGACUGUCGGCUCAAACAGGCAGUUGGGAUAGUGAAUUUGGAGUGGGUGUGUAACAUGGACGGCAGAGUUCGACAGAUGUUCUGGCGGAUUGGG